UAUUAUCAGUACUACAAAAUUUAUCGUUAUCAUUAAUGAAUAUGUUAAGGACUAAAAGCAGUGAAACAAGAGAAUUACAAAGCCGUUUAAAGUUCCGUCUGUACCAACUCCUUCCCGUGAAAAGGAAAAAGAUUCCACUCCAGUGAUGACUGUGCUUUCACGGUUACAAACAGCUGCUCCUAUGGUGAGGCAGCUACACAGAACUCAAGUUUGGGGAUGGCUUGUUAGAGGCAGUGAUGCGCAACACAGUUUAAUAGCACGAGGGCUGAGACAGCCUCGAGGAAGGAGUAGACCUGGAGGAAUGAACCUGGCUCCGCAGACAGCUUUGGAGACCGCUCAAGAAAGUCAGGCAGGAACUAGCCUGUUGAAGAGUGCGUUAUUUACAGCUGGCUUUUGUGGCACGACUUUUGUUGGUGCGGCAAUUUGGCAGUACGAGACACUUCGGUCUCGCCUGGGCCAGAGGUCAUGGACAGACUGGGUUCAUAAACAGUGGAAUGAAAUGGAGGGAUGGCAGCACAAACAAGGAGACAUUAGAAAGGAAAUUAAUAAAUGGUGGAAUAAUUUGACAGAGGGACAGAAAGUCUUCUGGCCAAUAUGUUUUAUCAACACCGUAGUGUUUGCCUGUUGGAAUAACCCAUCCUUUCAAAGAACGAUGUUGAAAUAUUUCUGUUCAAACCCAGCAGCUCGAGCUGUAUGUUGGCCAAUGUUCCUUUCUACUUUCAGUCACUUUGCGUUCUUCCAUUUGGCAAUGAACAUGUACGUGUUACACAGCUUCAGUACUGGUGUUUGUGCCUCUUUAGGUAAAGAACAGUUUCUUGCCAUGUAUCUAAGUGGAGGUGUCGUGUCCUCUCUAGCCAGCCACGUCUUCAAAGUAGCAAUGAGGUGUCCUGGACCAUCAUUAGGAGCUUCAGGAGCCAUCAUGGCUCUUCUAGGUUAUUUCUGCACCCAGAAUCCAAAUGCACAGCUUGGUAUUGUCUUCAUUCCAGGAAUAAGUUUCUCUGCUGACAGUGCUCUCAAAGCUGUCAUGUGCCUGGAUGCUGUAGGGAUUGCUCUAGGAUGGCGCACAUUCGAUCAUGCUGCCCAUCUGGGAGGAGCACUCUUCGGUUUGCUGUAUGCUCUUUAUGGGACAAAGCACAUUUGGGGGAACAGAGAGCCCAUCAUGAGGCAAUGGCACGAAAUUAGAAAUAAAGCCAGCGAGAGGGUUGAAGGAAGAUCUAAAGACGAGUGAUUUGUUGGUCUUUAGAUUACGAUAAUAGUUUUUGAGUAAUUUGCAAUGCUUUCUUCUCUGUUUUCAAUUUGUAAUGGCUUUACUAUUAAAAAAAAUGUUCAGGGUCCCUUCUGGUGCUGAGAACCCUUACAUUACAUUUGGUAUUCUAAAAUGCUACUUCCUCUCUGCCAUAGCCAUAAGGGGACUAUCAAUCAAACUGUUCUAAUGUAAAGUGAAAAAUUCUCCAAAAAAGAUAAUAGAAGAUUCUGAGUAUGGUUUAUCCACUUUGUACCAUUCUUUUGUCUUCUUUUAGUUCUUAAAAAUGGCUCCUUUAUUAAUGCAUUUUAGAAAGGUAAUAUGAUCUUCCUUCCAAUUUAGUCUUGAAAAAAGAAAACAAGUACAUGAAUCAAAAUUUUAGAGAAAAUUUGAACAACACAGUGGCAGAUUCUCUGAAAGAAACAGCUUUGAAGCUUUUCAGUUUUUAAAGUAGGUCUGUGGAGCUAUUAUAAACACUGUUGUAAAAUGUGGCACUUUUUGUGGGGUGUGGGGAGUUGCUUGUCAUGGGCCUAUUUGGAUAAUAAUGUGUAUUAUUCAAAGUUAUAAUUCAUCUGUUUUUAAAUCUUAUUGCAUCAAUUUCAAAGCAUGCUUUAUCCCAUGCAUAUAAUAAAGUAAACAUCUCGUAUUCUUGCAACUAUGUGUAUUUUCGUUAUAUGUCAUUGUUAUUAUCAUUAUUUAGAUAAUUAUUAUUAUUAUUAUUAUUUUUAU